CUGCGCCGCCCCUCCGUGGCGUCAUCAGCGCGCGCCGGCCGGGCACGAGGAGCAGCGCAUGUAGGAGCUGACGCGUCGCGUGUGAGGGUGAACAGCACGUGAAGAUCAGCAGAGAUGGAAUCGACACAAAAACCAGAAAUCAUCUUUGCAAUAAAGCUCGCGUCCAACGAGAAGCCCGUGAGGAGUAAAGCCUUACUGAAGCUGCGGAAGUACAUCCGUGCGCGCUCUGGCAGAGAGGAGGGUGGUUUUGGAGAGGAUGAGCUGCUGAAGAUCUGGAAGGGUCUGUUCUACUGUAUGUGGAUGCAGGACAUGCCACUGCUGCAGGAGGAACUGUCGACGAAGAUCUCCAGGCUCCUCCACAGCUUUCAGACCGCCGACAGCCAGCUCCUGUACUUCAAGACGUUUCUUCAGACCAUGAAGAGGGAGUGGAACGGCAUCGACCGGCUCCGAAUGGACAAGUUCUACCAGCUCGUCCGCUUCGUUUUCAGAGAAGUGUUUGAGAUGCUGAAGAGGCGGAGCUGGGAGUCCAGUGUGGUGAGUGAGUUCCUGCAGAUCUUCUCGGCUCAGCUCCUGCAGAGCUCCAGCGCCGCUCCGGCCGGACUCUUUCUCCAUGUGCUGGAGCUCUACACCACUGAACUGGCCCGUGUCGGCGCCACGCAGCUGACUGCAGAGCAGAACCUGACCUUCAUUGAGCCUUUCUGCAAGGCCAUGGCCAAGACCAAAGAUCGGGUCCUGCUGAAGGCCAUCGGCAGCAAUGUCUUCAACACCAUUGUCGAUCAGGUUCCCUUCGCCAUCGAGGAUCUGCUCCGAGAGAUUCGUCAGGGUGACGGAGAAGAACCGGACACUAGUGACGGAUCUGAAGACCAACAGGGCAACGAAGAGCUGAAGACUGAAUCCAGCUCGAAAAAGAAGACUGAAGGUGCACAGGAUCAUGAAUCUGAGGAGCACUGUGAUGAAGAUAUCACCUCACUUCCAGACGACGUGGAUAGUAAAGAUGAUGCAGAUGAUGCAUGUGGACCAGUUCUUCAGUUUGACUAUGGUGCAAUAGCUGACAGGCUUUUUGAGCAGGCCAGUCACUCAAAUAUACCCAGCUUUAACCGGUCCAAGAUUUACAAGUUUGUCAAAACUUUCCGAGACUUGAGCGAAGGCGCGUUCCCUCAGGAUGAAGUGGAGGAAGUGUCCACUGAUGAAGAUGACUUUGACGACAGCAGACGGAGAAAAAAGAGAAAGAAACAAACAAAUAAAGGCCAGAAAGAACAGGAGUCGCUGAAGAAAUCCAAAGGUCAGUCGGAGACAGCAGCUGACGCUGACACAUUCGAGGACACAAAACAAAAAAACAAGAAAGGGAAGAAGAAAAAGAGAAAGAACCGAAGUUUGAAGAGUGUUGAGGGAGAGACGGAUCAGCAGACAGAUGCACAAACACCUGUUGAGCCCUCGAACCCUUCAGAGGUCAGAGGAGAGACGCAGGACUCGGAGACAGCCGAGUCUGAAAACAAGCCUGACGAACAACAGAAUGGUCUUGGCCUUAAACUGCUAAAGAAGAAGCGGAGGAAGAAGACUUGUGAAGACUCAUCAGCAGCUGGCGACUCUGAGAUGGGAAUCACCUCUACAUCAGCUGAGGUCGUUACUUCUGCUCCCCUGAAGAAAAAGAAAAAACUGCUGAAAAAGGCGAAAGACGUCAGUGAAGGAGAAAAGGAGCAUGACAGACAAGCAGAAGUUUCUGCGCUAACAUGCUCUACCUCAGCCAGCGCGGAGGAGCCGUCAGCGGUCACUCCGUCAGAGAAGAGGAGCGCGGGAAAAAACGCAGAACAGCAGGAUUCACAGGAGACGGGCUCCUCUAAAGCCUCGAGAAAAACACUGAUGAAGAAGAAGAAACAGAAGGACACAGCUGUAGAUGUUUCAGAACCAAACACCAAUGGAGAAGCUCAUCAGGAGGUUGAGAGCGUUCACACUGAAGAGCAGCCAGAUGGCCCUACAGAACCAACGACUGGGAACAUGAGAGCGAAGAAGAAGAGGAAGCAGAAAUCAGAAGUGUCCGCUGACCAGAUCAAACCGAAGAAGGUGAAGGUGAAUGGACACGCCGGCAAGACGAGCGUCAAGAGACCGAAAGUCCUCAGUGCUGAAGGAGCGUCGCUUCCUGUCAACGCUGAAAAUGAGAUGAAGCAGAAGCAGUUUGUGCUCCGUCAGAAGAAAGCUCCCGCACCCAUCUUCUGUAAAGCUGCAGGCCGCAACACACGCAAGCUCAGUAAGAAGAUUUUGCUGCCUUCAAAACCUGAAACAAAGAAGGUCACAUUUGGUCUCAAGAACAAUAAAACCAUGGAGAUUUCCUGUAAUUCGCGGGUCAGUCCGGCCAGUCAGUCCCGUGUGGCCUUUGACCCCAAGAGGACGCCGAAGUCUGGCGUGUUGAAGUCGCCCACAUCAUCGCCCGCCGUCACGAAAAGAGCCAUGGCUGCGGAUUUCUUUUAAAAUAAAGCUUCCCGUUUUCUUCUUUGUGAAGUUUAAUCUAUUGAAAUCUCUUUUGAAAAAUAACAUGAGGAAACAAAUGCCUAAAGAUAUAUUUUAUAUUCACUUUUUAAGUGUUCUCGUUUUACUUUUCCUCCUACAGUACGUGUAAAUUGAGAGUUUCUGUAUUUUAACAGUGGCCUUUUUUAGACUGGUUGGAUCGUUCCAUAAUUUCAUAAAGGUCCUCAUAAUGAGUGAACAAAGAAGCAGACAUGAGUUUUACUUUAUAUGUUUCACUGUAGUUAUCUAGUUCUGGGAUAAUCGGCUCCGGUCCUGGAGGAUGAGCGUCCCUCAGAGUUCAGCUUUUCUAGUAAUCCUGAAGUCUGUGGUUGGAUUUUUCAGGUGUGUUUUAUAAACUGGCCCUCUUUGACUUGUUCAUCCCUGCUCUAGUGAGUAAAUCCCAAUCUGUCAAGAAACUGCUAAUGACCUGAUGAUGAUGGAGUUCAGUCACAUGCAUGAAAUCUGACAGCUGCUUUUACAUGAAUGAUGUGAUGAAAGUGUUGUCACAUGUAUAUCACAACCCUUCCAGUGUGAGUGAAUAAACUGAUCCUCAGUUUUAUAAUUCA